UACAAAUGUACACAAGAAAACAAUUAUUCCUAUCUAUACCCGGUUUUAGAAAUUAAGAGAUGGUCUACGUUGCCAUAUUUAGAAGUCCAAGAGCCGAAAUUCUCUGGGAUCUACUUCAUCAACAUCUUCUCUAACAACAUGCAUGCUUUUCCUGGUCGAAGUUUCCAGCCUUAAGGGAAUAAUUGAUAAAUAAUUAUAGCAAUUAUAAUCUCAUUGUUUUACAAGCCAUUGCAGAAAAAUCAUCAGUAUUUAUAAUUAUUACAGUAAAAUGGGGGAGAAUGGUACAUCAACAUCACAGUACGUGAAACUAACAAAGGAGCAAGAAGCUGUAGAAAUUACCCCUGGAGAACUCAAUCAACCUGUUCAUGUUCCUCAGUUGAAUGUCAGGACAUGUCCUGAGUGUGGGCAACAAUUACCUGCUGGGUUCGAGAUUCCUGCCGAUGAGCCAUGGAUGACUGGAAUUUGUGGAUGUGCUCAGGAUCCUGAGAGUUGUAUGACAGGAUUAUUCUGCCCCUGUGUGGUGUUUGGUCGUAACGUAGAACGAUUCAAGGAAGAAAUUCCAUGGACAAAUGCGUGCGUCUGUCACGCUAUCUGCAUCGAAGGAGGCAUGACUCUUGCAGCCCUGAUAUCCAUCUUCAAUGGUUAUAUUGAUGCAAAUACAUUGCGUCUUUUUGGGGAGGGAUUGCUGUUUGCUUGGUGGAUAUGUGGUAUAUACAAUGGUUUGUUUCGAGAAGAAUUGCAGAAGAAGUACCAUCUACAGGAUUCGCCCUGUGAUCCGUGUGUUGUGCACUGCUGCAUGCACUGGUGUGCACUAUGCCAGGAACACCGAGAGAUGAAGGGACGACUACCGGAAAAUUCUAUGACACCUAUGACUGUCGUGAACCCUCCACCAGUGCAGGAAAUGACUUCAGACCAGAAGCGCAAUUCCUCUGUAUCCUCUGAAAAUGAAGGUGACCAUCACAGGCCCACCGGUCUAGAGAUUCAAGCAGUUUAGGUCUUUCCGCUAAAAAUGGAAACUAGGGUCCUUUAAGCAUGUUACAUUUAAAUAUUUAGGGGAGGAUGCUUUCUUGGCAUCAUAUAUUAUCAAUUUUGGCAGCAGUUUGAUGGAGGUUUUUCAGAGUUCUUGUGACCUCAAACUUAUUGGUAAUGAAUUUUCUGAUUAAUAUGUUACUUGUUGUAUCAUCACACAGCACUACAGCAGCAUAUUAUUAGGUCCUUGGAAGUAUACACUUCCACCCAAUGUUGCAAUAAACCAGGG